CGAGAUAACAUUAGCUUCUUCGGGUCAGUCGCAGCGCUCGGGAAGUGUCAGUGAAGAUAAUGGAGAGUUCUCGAGGAAUUGUCCUGCUCCUGGUAACACUGAGCCUGGUAGCUUCAGCCGCGGCUUUCAACCCCGACAGAACCAUCUAUAAGUGGUCGCCUCUGUGGUUCAACAACUAUUACAGGAGGGCUAACCUGUUCAAAAGGUUCCGAGACGAACCCAUCCAGAAGUGGAGCCCCAUGUAUUUCGACAAGAUCAACGAAUAUCUCGAUCAGAAACGGACUGGCGCGAGCUGUGGACGUGAGAACUCGAUGUGCGUCUUCCUGAGCGAGACAAAUAAGCAGCCUUUGAUUGUAAGGUGCUGUGGGUCCCUCCAGUGUCUCUUCACGGGCUCCUCUUAUACUUGUACUGAUCCCAAAACCGUGGGUCUCGGUGAAGCGCUAAACGACAUGUCAGACUACUGAAUGCCACCCACGAUUCAGAGAAACAUGCUUCGGGCAGGGAACUCUAUAGGGGAAUCCAUCGCCGUUCUUUGAGAUGAUUCCGUUCAAGAAUUUAGAGCAGAGGUCGAUAGUAGAAAGGAAAAAAAUGUACGAGAGGAAACAGCUGGAUCGUCGUUGUUGUCUUCAGUCAGGAGAAUUAAGAAUUAAGUUUUGGUUAUUCUGUAUGAAGUUCUUUAUUAUUGUGUUUUUAUAUAGUGACCAAUUUAAACGUGUUUAUUAUGUGUGAUAACCGUUGUUAUUGUGGUAACGAGUUAUAAUCAUUAUGAUUGUGGUGUUUUUAUGAAUGGUCUAUAUUAAUGGCCACUGUUCUUGGUAUUGGAGGCGUAGAAAUAUAGCUGAUAUAAUGACAUUAUCAGUGAUAAUGUAAGUUAUCAAUAUAACAACAGACAAUGAUUAUGUAGACAAAAAUUAUUAUCACAAUCAAAACAAAAGUAAAAGUUAUUAUAACCAAUCAAUAUAAUAGUGAUUAUAACACUAACAAUUAAAUGGUAAAGCUACCUACAAUGACAAUAUUGAUGAUGAUUACGAUAGUGAAAAAUCGUAAUGAUCAUUAUAAAAUAUAACUAACCGUAUAUAUUUACUGAAUGACAAAGAAAUGUAAUUAUUAGUUAUAAAGAAAUGGUUCUUUUUAAAGGACUAAUAUCUUUCUUUUUUUCUUUCUCAUGUGAAAAAAAAAAUCUUACUUGAAUGAAUGUGAAGAUAAAGACAACACAAAAUUAUUUUUUAUUAGUAGGAUGACAAAUAACUUUAGGAUGGAUAAACACUCUUUUUCUA